AUGGAGUCCACGCCUGAGGUCGCCCAGCAGAGGCAAGGUUGCCCUGCACAGGACCUUACGCUCGAAGUGGACUUUUCCUGGAAACGAUACAAAUCACUCAUCACCGAGAAGGACAACCCGCAAUCCCCUCCACUCUAUAUCGUCGACUACAGAGCCACGAAGCCACACCUCGCCUUCAGAGCUGGUGAGGACCAACCCCCCUUUGCCACAGGAAGCCUUCGCACCGUCUCCAUCAAUGCCGAUUGCCAGAUUCGCGGUCGCACAAUCACUCUCAAGGCUCUCAAGCGCUUCAGGACGGAGUAUACGCAUCUCUCGUACGCCUUCGCCAAGGGCAGCAUCAACAGUGCUGCGCCCGAACCCGUGCCCAUGACUUGGACCAGCUCGAGCGGCUUCAAGACCUGGGACUUCAUCUGUCUCGACGAGAAACAGAUGCCUCUGGCGAAGUUCUCCGCAAACGCCUGGUCGCUGAAGAAGGUGGGCAACAUUACGUUGAUCGGAUCGAAUAUCGCUGCAGCGACCGGCAGCGACACCAUCAGCGACGCUGUGAGAGAAGAGAUUGUCGUUACGGGAUUGACGCUGUUCUAUUGCAUGGUGCUUCGGAGUACCAGCAUUUUGUCGUUUUUCGGCGCCAUCUUUUCGCGACCUGGUCAUGAUGAGAGGGAGAAGGAGAGGGAGAAGGAUGGGUCCAUAGCAGCGCCUGCUGCGGAGCAGUAG